CUCUCCCUCUCCGUGCGUUGCCGGAUCAUCUCUGCCCAAGUCUGCGAUUCGACGCCCGGGGCUGCCCGACUGUUUCUCAUCUGCAGACACAGUCUCUGUUCGUCCACCGGCCCAUCUAUUCGUCCAUCUGCCCGACUGUCCCGUCUGUUUGACAGCGGCCCAUCGUCCAGGUCCAUCCAGGUCCAUCCAGGUCCAUCCAGUCCAGGUCCAUCGAGCCCAGUCCAGUCCCUCAAGACCCAUCUCCAGCCAUGAGCGUCACUCACUCACACCACUCCUGCCAGUGCUCGGUCGUCAACCACCCAAGCUGUCCGUUCAACUUUCUCAUCACCGACUGUCCCUCCAACGAUACCAUAGACUCGUACCGCCUCCUCUUUGAGGAAAACAGCGUCACGGAUCUCAUCCGACUGUGCUCGCCCGAUGCCUACGAUCCCACUGCCCUCAGCUCUGGUCUUGGCAUCAACGUCUGGGACAAUCUGGCUUUUGAAGACGGCUCGGCCCCAUCCGACAAGAUCGUUGCCGACUACCGCGAGCUGCUGGCCCAAAUCGAAUCUCGCCCGGACCGGCCGACGGGCCAGAAGCCCACCAUCGCCGUUCACUGCGUCAGCGGCGUCGGCCGAGCACCCGUCCUGGUCGCCUGUGCCCUCAUCGAUGCUGGCCUCGAGCGUGAGGACGCCAUCGAGUUUGUCCGGGGGCGACGACGAGGCUCCUUCAACAAGAUUCAGCUGCGCUGGCUCCUCGAUGCCAAGGGCUUCAAGAAAAAGCCCUCACAGCGCACCUCGAUCCUGAAGCGCAUGUUCGGCAAGAAGACAUAGGGCAGGAGGGGGGGAUGGGAAGUUGCCGGGCUUUGGCUUGUGCUCUGAGCUUUCCCUUUCCCUUUCCGCCGACUCUCAACUUUCUCGACCGUCUCUAUUUUUUGCUUGUCGAGUCGCUGCGAUCAGUAUCUCCUGGACAUAUGAGUGCUGGUGCAUCUGCGGCGGCAACGGACCGAUUCCUUCCCUCCUCCGAUCGUCGAUUGUCACCCAGAACCUUGGGGCUGGCAUGCCCCCGUCGCUCUUCUUGCCAUAGCGCAUCCUCCUCUUCUGUUUUGUGGCGGCAUCUUCCUCCUCCGCCGCUCGCCUUGUUUCUGUCCUGCCAGGGUCCUCCAGAAGCCCACGUCUGCCUUCCGCCAUCGCUUGUUCUCGCCGCUCUUUUCAAUCUCGCAUGUGUAGGUAGAAGCAAUAUAUGAACCAAGUGAAACACUCCA